CCGAAGAGUAGUCCAACAACGAGUAGCUGGCCAGGCCAGCCCAGGCCGUACGUGACAAGGGGACGUCGACCAAGCACGGGGAUCGUCACAGCGAUGGCUGGCGGAGUGGUAGCAUCUGCAGCGGCGAUGGGACGGUUGGUGCGACCUCGAGCUUCACGGGAGAGCAAUGACCUCUUUCCUUCCUCUCCAGCGACGGAGGUCGUGGCUCCUCCAUCGCCAUUUCUUCCGAGCUUCGCCUUCCCCGCCGAGACCGUCAACGGCAAAGCCGAAGGGGACGCAACUGGCGCCUUGACGCCAUCGCUGCCGGCAUCAGGCUCGCCGCCACCAGCUUCGUCGGUUGAGUCUGUGAUUCCAAGCGGCAUGGAAGCGUCGUGGAAUCGAGCGGCCGGUAUGAAGAGCGACUUCGUGGUUCGGGUGGGCGACGUGGUGUUCAACGUGCACAAGUUCCCGCUGUACUCGAAGACGGAGUUCUUCGCCGCCAUAGCCGUCCACGACGUGUCGUCACGAAARACGUUGGCCAAGCUGGACGAGCUUCCGGGAGGGGCGUCCACGUUCCUGCUCGUCGUCAACUACUGCUAUGGCUUCGACAUCGAGAUCACGGUCGACAACGUGGCCRCUCUCCGUUGUGCAGCGGAGUACUUGGAGAUGAAGACGGAAUCGCGAGCGGGACUUGCGAAGGAGGGCAGUCUGAUGGCGCUGACUGACACGAUUCUGCAACGAUUUCUCAGCUACUGGAGGGACGCAGUGUCCGUUCUCCACCACUGCCUACCGCUCGUCAACGUCGGGGAGGGGAGUGAGAUCAUCCACCGCUGCGUCACCGCCAUAGCCAAGGCUUGCCUGAUCACUUCCGUCGCCAAGGACGGCACCAAGAAGGACGCGAGCUUGCUGACGAUCAUCCCGACCCACGAGUCGGUGCUGAGCCUCCCGCUCCCCUUGUACGUCAGUCUCGUGGAAGCCAUGUACAAUGCCCUCCUUCCGGCUUCAGCCAUCGGCGCCUCGAUCGAGGCAUACUUCCGGCUAUGGCUAGCCAAUGCGAUCGUGUCAUCAUCAUCACCCCCCCGCCUACCAGUCGCAGUCGAUGUCGAUCGCACCUGCGUCAGUGGUAAUGGUUCGAUUCCCAGCAGCAAAGAUCCGACCAUUAACCCACGUGCAGCGUUGUCUGAACCUCUGGACUGCGAAUGGUUAACCGCUGUGACGGAGUCUGGUUCUUCCUGCGAAGAGGGUGUUGCCUCCGGAGACAUCGAAGCCGUUCCUCUGUCGCGGCAGGAGGUCCUGCGCUGCCGCGAGAUUGUGGAGGCCUUGGUCGAUCUGCUGCCUGAAGACAAGCAUGCGGUUCGUGUUUCCACCCUGGUCAAGCUGCUGAGGUGCUCUGUUGUGGUCGAAGCAAGCAGGGAUGCUCGACAGAGAUUGCAACGGAUGGCCGGAUCACGGCUGGACGAGAUGGAUAUCGAGGAUCUCAAUCUCGUAGGCGCGGACGUGGAGGAGUUGCUGGCUUUGAUCCACGCUUUCAACACUUCCUCCGACGGCGACCUUGGGCUUGAGAGUCACGAGGGUGAUGAUGACGUUGUCCCGUYCGUCAAGGGUCGUGGGGUUGACGACGACGACGUUUCGGUGAAAAAGGUGGUGGCUUUGAUCGACGAGUACCUUCUUCGCGCUGUGAGCCGCGGUAGCUGGGAAGACGACAGCGUAAUGGGUACAGGUGCACGGACAGAAGGCGGUUGCACCCGUCCGCUAAGUGCUGACCAGUUCCGAGCCCUGGCUCAGUCCGUUCCUUUGGAGAGCAGGGCCAGUCACGACGAUCUCUUCCAGGCUGUCAUGACUUGGAUAUCUAUGGCAGAAACCUAUCUUUCAGCAAUUGAGAGAAGGGAGGCGGUCUCACAGUUGUGUGAACUGGUAGAUCCCUUCCUACUAUCUCAGGAGGUAGCGGAGCGUGCUUCCACAAUGUGGGACUGUCUGCCUCUUCCCUUCAUGGUACGGGUCCUGACGGUCAUCAAGGCUCGCCUCACAGAGGUGCUCGAUAAGCAGCUGAGAGAGUUUGGCAACGUGGAGAGCGAGUUUAAUCGCACCAUGGAGGAGAAGAAAGGGAUGGAGGCGGACCUGGAGGGGCUCCGGUUAAAACGCCUGGUUUCGGACGACACACUGGCCGGAAUGAAGAGGGCUAUGGAAGACGAGGCGAGAGAGAUGGAGAAUAACGUUCGUCAUCUCGAAGAUCAGAUAGCGGAGAUGGAAAACAGCAUCAGCAAGCUGCGAACGGAGAACGAAGAGAUUUGCGUGAAGAGCACGCGCCGAAGAAGCUCUCCCCCCCUCUUCUUCUGCCUCAAGCCAAAAGCAAAUAUUGAUGACUGAACGUCACUUUUUCCAAUCGAUUCUUCUUUACCUUUGUUUUUUUUUUCUUUAAUCAAGAAAAGUUUGACCU